GGCCGUUGAAUGCGGAGGAGGAACGACUUUCGCGGAUCGGAUCGAUGCGGAAAGAGACGAACGCAAUAUCGCACGAACGCGUACGUAAAAUUGAAGCGUGAUGCUCGUCAACGUGACGAGCCGAGAGCAGCCAGAGGAUUGAAAUCCCCCCCACCGUACUUGAACAGGCAGGCAGAAAUAUGGCGGAGAUCGUGAGGUUCAUGUUCGCCAUAAUGCUGUGCGUUGCCAACAUGAUCAUCUACGGGCUGAAGGUGAACAUAGCGACGGCGAUCGUGGGCAUGGUGAAGGCUAGAAACAUCACCGCGGUCGACAGUGAGCCCCCCGAGUGCGACUUCGAGGACGAGGCGGUCGCGACGGUCGACAUAGACGGACCUUUCGACUGGUCAACGACGGAGCAAGGCCUGGUCGUCAGCAUCUACUUCGCCGGUUACCUCGUGGGCAUGUUCCCCGCGGGAUACUUCGCCGAUCGCUUCAACACCAAGAACGUGUUGUUGAUCUGCGUGCUGGCCAACGCGAUCCUCACGCUGUUGGUGCCGAUAUCGGCUCCGGUGCUCGCGCUGCUCCUGACCGUGAGAUUCAUCACGGGCGUGCUGAGCGCCGCGAAUCUGCCAGUGGUGAACGUUCUCGUGGGCAAGUGGAUCAUCUUCGAGGAGAAGAGCAUGUGGGGUGCCAUCAUCUACGCCGGGAUAUCGCUCGGCACCGUGAUCUCUAUCUUGAGCUCCGGCCUGAUACUCAACUGCUUGGGAUGGGAGGCGGUAUUCUACAUUCACGGCACGCUGCCGUUGAUCUGGUGCGCCGUGUUCUACUGGUUCUUCGCCGACAAUCCGGAAACGCAAAAGUACAUCAGCGAGGAGGAGAGACGCAGGAUCGUGACCAGUUACGGGCACCGAGGGCCUGAGUCCACGAAGAUGGCCGUCCCGUGGAAAUCCAUAUUCACGUCGGUACCGUUCUGGGCCCUGAUCUACACCAACACUUUCGGCAACUUUUGCUGGUACUUUCUACUGACCCAGCUACCUUUGUACAUGAACAAGAUACUGAGGUUCGACAUCACGUCGAAUGCUUCCCUGAGCUGUACUCCAUAUCUGAUAAAUGCAAUAGUGAACCCAUUCCUUGGCAGAUUACUGGAUUGGGGCAGAGCAAACCAGUACUGGACGCAGACUCGUGCUCGGAAAAUCGCGGUAUUUAUAAGCUGCAUUCCACCGAGUAUAUGCCUCCUCAUAAUCGCUUAUAUCGGCUGCGAACGGACAAUUUCCACGAUACUGUUGAUAAUGAGCAUAGUAUUGUGCGGUGCGAUUUUUGUUGGGCAUCUCAUCAAUCACGUUGAUCUGGCACCGAACUAUGCUGGAAUCUUAAUGGGCAUUACAAACACUCCCGGCACAAUUUCUGCAUUUGUUUUGCCUGCUUUGGUAGGCGCGCUCAUGGAACACGGGCACGCUAUGGCAAGAUGGAGGAUAGUUUUCUGGAUCACUAUUGUCGCUCAAUGCUCUGCGUUCGUUGUGUUUUCAAUUUUCGGAUCGGCAGAAAUCCAAGAAUGGAAUCAGCAACCAGAAGCAUAAUGGUAAGGACGAAACUUCGAACGACUAACAAUUAAUUCAGAAAUUGUAGAUGAAUAUGUUUCUCCGAAAUAAACGUAAAUGAACAUCU